GCCAAAUCAUGCUUCUAUGGACACAGUGACAUUUGUUUUGCAUCAACAAAAAAGUCAAGCGCUAGUAGCAGCAGCAAAGAGAAGAGCGAGGGUGAGAAAUGUGGAAUAAUAAAAAAGAAUGGUGACUUCAAAGCAAACGGUGUAUGUGAGGAAGGUACAAAAUGCCUGUGUCCAGAAGAUCCGAACUGCAGCGGAAAGGUCAAGUGCUACUGUGAAGUACAAACAACAAUGGGUACAAUGCCAACAGAAACAACAACGAUUGCUCCUAUAACAUUUCCUAUAAUAACAUUUCCAUCAAACCAGAAGAAAUAGCAUCAGAUCGCCUUUCCGCUACACUGUACGAAAAAGAUUAAAUAAAAUGUUUAAUCUGUGAA